AUGUCUGAAAACAGUAGUACCUCAGUACAGUACCAAAACCCUAGUAUUUCAUUCAACCAAAACCCUACCUUGCGACAAAACUAUGGAACUCUUUUCACCAACUACACUAAUCCUACCAGAUCACAACAAAACCUUGAAAUUUCUCCUCCUUUAUCCGGGUUUGAUCUUCGUUUUUACAAUAUUAAUAUUGAUUCUUCCUUUUUUAAUCUCUUCGAAGAUCAAAGUCUGGAAAGAUAUUUUGCUACAAUGAAUCUUUCUUCAACUGGAAAUGAGUUUUCUCGUUCUUCUAAUAGUGCACAACAACGGGCUUUGAUUAGGAUGAGAAGUGAUGAGCAGUACUCACUUGCUGCUGGUUACCCAUCAUACCAGGAUAGUUCCCAAAGUGGGACCAGAUAUAUGGCACAUCCUUCCUUUUCCAACGGUAAUGAAGGCCUCGGCUAUGGUCAGAAUAUUGAUCAAGAUCAAGACUACCAAGAUAGGUUUGCACUGGAUUCUUUCCCCUACAUCUCCCAAAAUGGGACCAGAUAUAUGGCGCAUCCUUCUUUUUCCAACAGUAGAAACAAUAAUGGCGGGCGGGGAUAUGAUCAGAAUAUCCGAGACCAAAACUACCAAGAUAGGUUUGCACUAGAUUCUUUUCCCGGCAAUAAUAGAACUAACAAUGGCAGCACUUCUCACCGUCGCCUUAUGCGCCGUAUGCGUAGUCAGUCGUAUGAUGCGCUUGAUCAUGGAUUUUCUGUUAGGCAUAAUGGUAUUAUAGUUGAUGAUACUGGUUCUCAAUUUAGAAGGGUAAGAUCCAUUGAUGAGUUAGAAUCUUCAAAUUCAAAUACUCCAUGGGUUUCUUCUUUGCCUAGUUCCUCAGCUGUUCAAUCGAAUUUACCAUCAUUGGAUAAAUUGAAAGGUAUGGUGGCUUUGGCAGCAAAAAAUAAAGGUCAUUAUCAGUUCCUGAAGAGGGUUCUUGAUGAGAGAAGGCCAGAUCAAAUUGAGAUGAUUUUCUUGGAAGUGAAAGAUCAUCUGCAUGACCUAAUGGCAGAUCAGUUUGGUAACUAUGUUAUUCAGAAGCUUUUUGAAGUAUGCAGUGAAGUCCAAAUGACUCAACUUAUUCUCUCUUUCAUCAAUAACCAAAGGAGGCUGCUUGGGUUAUGCUUUCAUCCAGUGGCAACCCGUGCGAUGCAAAAGAUGAUGGAGCGUAUGAAGACAUCGGAGCAAAGAUGUUUGUUUAUACCAGUUUUGAUGCAGAGGAUUGUCAUCUUAUCCAAGAACGAAAAUGGUUAUCAUGUAAUUGUAAAAUGCUUAGAAAGUAUUCCAUUUGAUGAUGCUAAGCACCUUAUUAAAGAAAUAGUAGAAAAUUUUCUUGAAAUUGCAAUGGAUAAAAACGGAUGCUGUGUAUUGAACCGAGCUCUGGAUUGUGCUCAAGGGGAACUUAAAGAGCGUCUUUUGGUUAAAACAAUAGAUCAUGCACUGUUCCUAUCACAAAAUCCUUUCGGGAAUUUUGUUGUGCAACAUGUACUUGAAGGACCCAUACAUCGCGCUGCAGUCGGGGUACUAGAGAAGCUUAAAGGACAUUUUGUGGCUCUCUCCAUGAACAAGUAUGGAAGUAAUGUUGUGGAGAAAUGUCUGCUUUUUUGCGGGGAGGAGAAUACUGCAAUAAUUAUUGAGGAGUUUAUGCACAGCUCAAACUUUCUGAACAUGUGCAGAGAUAACUUCGGGAACUAUGUUGUUCAAAUGGCACUCGGAGUAUCAAAGGGAGGCAUUCAGGAUGCUCUUGUCAGUCGCAUGUACAGUUGUUAUCCAGAUCUGUACAAUGAUAUUCAUGGUAAACAUGUGGCCAUGAAACUUCGGGAACCAGAACAAAUGCAAGUGUUUUUGCACUUGUGGUAUUCACACGAUCCUCUCCUUCAUCAAGAAGAGAAUGGACAUGGAAAACGCUUAAUCUCUUCUAUCUCUAUUCAAGGUCACUCUCUACCAAAUAUCAAUGUUUAG